AUGUGCAAGGUAUUCCCCACGACGCUCAUAGGGCCAGCACGGGUGUGGUUCAAUAGCUUGGAAGCCGAAAGUAUUAGAAGCUUCGGAGACCUUGCCAAUGUAUCCAUCAGUCAGUUCAUAGCAGGAGUGCCGGCAUAUAAAAAAACUAGUUACCUAGAGACGGUCAGGCAAAGGAGGAAUGAAUCUUUGAGGGAGUAUGUAGCCCGUUUCAAUACGGAGGCCCUGCAGAUCCUUGAGCUAGAUGAGGGUAGGGUGGUGGAAGCCAUACAGAAAGGGACCAUCUCUCCCGAGUUCUUCGGCUCAUUGAGUAGCAAGCCCCCUAUCUCGCUGGCAGAACUGAUGAAGAGGGCAGAAAAAUACAUAAGGCAGGAUGAUACCUUGAUAACGAGCAGAUUCCCCAAGGAGGCAGCAGACAGAGGAAAAGCCUCGGAGGAGAGGAGGCCGGAAAGACAUGAAAAGAGGCAAAACAAAAAGCCUGAGGCGUAUAGACAACCCUGGGAUCAGAGGAACCAAAGACCAUUUCCUCCACGAGUUCUUAAGACCCUGACCCCUCUCAAUGCCACCCGAGCCAAAGUGCACAUAGCAGUCCAAAACAAGGAGUUUCUCCAAUGGCCCAAGCCCAUGAAGGCUGAAGCAAGCCAAAGAGAUCUUGACAAAUACUGUCAGUACCACCGCACGCACGGCCAUGACACCAAUAAUUGUUACCAGCUGAUCAGUGAGAUUGAAAGGCUGAUUAAAAGAGGACACCUACGGAACUUUAUGAAAAAACCGGAAGGAGAAAGGCCUCAACAAAAUCCUACUACAGAAAGACCUCAGAGGCUGGGAACAGGACCAGUGAAUGACGGUUCCAGUGGAACCAUCAAUAUGAUUGUCGGGGGAUCUGGAGGUCGGAUGAGCAGGAGAGGAAGAAAAAGGGGCCGAGAUGGGGAAGGCAACAAUACUGAAGUCAUGCAAGUGGCAGAACAUUCUCCAACGGUCAUCUCUUUCUCCCCAGAAGAUGCCAACGGCAUUCAGAUGCCUCACGAUGAUGCUCUCGUUAUUGAAGCCGUCAUUCACAACUACCGAGUCAGGAAGAUCCUGGUUGACUUAAUCUAUGGGUUUUCUAACAGCCUCAGUAUUGAACCGUGA